AGUGGGCACUAGUCACGGGAAAAGCAGUAGGGCGUUCUUUGAGGUGCGAGGCACCCUGUGUGAAAGGCAGUGUUCAUCCUGAUCAACGAGACUUUGGUCCUCGCAGCCUUCGACCAGAAUGUCAGAGGCCCAAGAACUAGCCGAUGCAGAGGAAGCUGCAAGAUGCGGCAACGACAUCGUCCGGGCGGCCGACCGGGGUUUGCUCGGCGCGGUGCGGCACCUGCUGCGGACGGUGCCCGGCGCCGCGGCCGCGAAGGACGACUGGGGCCGGCGCCGCACCGCGCUGCACUGGGCGGCGGGCGAAGGCCACGGGGAGAUCUGCCGGGUGCUGCUGGCGGCGGGGGCCGAGGUCGACGCCAGGACUGACGUGAGUGGUACCCCGCUGCACGAGGCGGCGGACAAGGGCCACGGGGAGAUCUGCCGGGUGCUGCUGGCGGCGGGGGCCCAGGUGGACGCCAGGGACGACAGUGGUGAGACCCCGCUGCAUUGGGCGGCGGCAGAAAGCGGCCAAGUGGAGGUGGUGAACCUUCUCCUUGAGGCGAAAGCCUCCGUCACUGUGAAAGACGACAAAGGCCGGACUCCAUUGGACCAUGCACGAACACAGGGCAAGGAUGAAGUUGUGAAGAUUCUGGAGAGUGCAGCAUGAAGCUUGAACGUUUGAGCGUGGAGCAACUCAGCUGUUGGUGCGAUCUCUGGAUUGAUGGUGCGGCCUUGAUGUUUCACGCGCCCUUGGUCAUAUCGGUACGAAAAUGCAAACAUCUGUGCGCGCAC